AUGUCAGACCACGACCAGAAUGCUACUUACCCUAUCGCAUUCGUACGCGGCCUAGAAGGUAGGAUACGCGAUCCGGAGGGGAGACUAGCCGCAUCGGCCACCAGCCCGGCUUCACGGAUUGCUCCCUCGUCUUCUGCCAUCGCGGGCAACGUUGAGGGCACGGCAGGAGAUGCGGUUAUGCCAGAAGCGCCACCUAUGGGGUUUGCAACCACGCCUCUGGGAGGCCCGGCGGCUCCUGAACGUCAGCAUCUGGGAGAGCGUCAGGAUGAGCCGGCAGCCGACCUGCCGCCGCGUUCUGGACCUACCACUCCGUCGCAAUGCCCGGCUGGCUAUCAAACCCAUUGCCAGCCCCAGCCCCAGCCCCGUGCUCACGGAAUGCCUGGGUCUUUUGUGGAGCAGCUCAAGAUCAUCUCGCUCGAGGCCACAGCGGAGCGACACUUGGGCUCCUCCUCUGGGCUGUCUUUUGCGCGUCUCACGCAUAUGGUGCUCCGGCGAUUGACACCCGACAAGGCAGACUUUGUGUUCGGCACUGGAGGAGACGAGGAGGAGGAGGAUGAAGAAAGAAUGGGCGAGUUUCGUCCUUCAAGUCAGUCUCAGCAGUCCAGCAAUCUCGACCCACAGCUACAAACUGUGGACAGCGGCUUCGGGUCGGGAAUGGGUGCCGGCUUGAACAUCAACAUGAAUACCGACUUCACACACCCAUCUCCAUCCUUUUUCUUCAGUGAUGCUCAUUUCCCAUUUGACUUGAACCUCCAGAGUCCAGGCUCUUCUGGACCAGCAUUAUUCGGUAGUAUUGCGUUACAUGAUAUCAUGGAUGAUUCUGCAGGCGCCGUAGAAGGUCUCAGUCUCCCGGCGGACUCCGCUCACGUGGACUCGCUGGUGGAUUUUUACUUUGCUCAUUCCCACACGCUGUACCCUAUCGUGCGGCGGUCUGAGAUCAUGUCACUCCUAGGUGAUGCCCGCGCCGCAGCAAUCGGCGGCGCAAUUGCGCCUUCGCCGCCAGAUCUAUUCAAAGUAUGGAUGGUACUUGCUAUUGGGUCAACGGCGUACUGUUCAGUCACUCUUGAAGAUGAGUCGGAGUCAAUGUUAUACUACAAUAAGGCUCUAACAUAUUUUGAGGCUGCCCUCGCGUAUGGGGAUACGGCAGCACUAGAAGUUCUCACUCUCCAGGUGUCCUAUUCGUUCUUCAACCAACUUGGCCCCAAUACUUGGUUCCUUGUGGGAAUGGCCGCUCGAAUAGCAAUCGGUAUGGGCAUUCACUCGUCGUCGACUUAUAAGGCUUUCACCGUAGACGAAGCAGAGCGUCGCAAGCGACUAUUCUUCUCUAUAUACAUGAUGGACCGCGUUGUUUCAGUAGCACUUGGCAGGCCUUUUGCCUUACACGACGACGACAUUGAUGUUUCUCCCUUCGCAGACGUUGACGACGAUGAUAUUACGCCCACCGGUAUCCGGCCACGUCAAAGUCUCCAACUUUCACUGAUGGCUGUGCCAUUGCACAUUCUCGCUUUGCGUCGCAUAGCAAGCAAGAUUGCUUCGCAGGUGUAUUCUCCUCGGUUGUCUAGCUCACCCCCUAGCCCUUUAGAAUGCGAAGCGACAGUCCGCACCCUGCACGAAGAACUGAUCAGCUGGCGACGCAAUAUGCCUUUUCCCCUACCGACUGGGUCGGCCAGCUUCGCCCGCGUGCCUCAUUUAAGCAAUAGCUGGUACGACUUCAACUACUACACUCAUGUAGCAAUGCUCUACCGUCCUUCACCUCUCUUGCCGACGCCGUCACAGGAGCGAGUCCAUACGCUACACGAAGCUACAUCGAUGGCCCUGAGAACGGCCAUGAGUAUGCACAUGCAGCACCGGCUGGCGUACAACUGGCUUAAUUUCCUUGGAGUGUACACGGCGACGCUGUCCCUGAUAUACAGCAUCACGGCGCAACCGGACGAUCUAGCUUUGGUCAUCCAGCGAACUCGCGGCUGCGACGACUUGGAAGACGCAAUCAAGUUGUUCGAGACCUUGUCUGUCAAGUUUCGCCCGGCAAAGCGUGUCAGCCGCAUGGUGAAGGAAAUUGUGGAAAGGUAUAAAACUUUGUGUAUGAAUAAUGAUCAAAUGAGCGGGAACUCGUGCAUAUGA